AUGUCCUUCUUGAACGACACGGUCUUGCCUGGGACGGGCAGGCUGCACUCCAAUGAAGGACAACGACGAGAUCGGAAACGCCAGAGCCAGAGCGGAGGACUUCUGAAACCUUUAGUCCAACUUAUCCUCAAUCCUGGGAGUGCAUACGAAGGUUUUCUAGGGAGCAAUGAUAAUAGCGCCCAAAAUGCACAACCGGGCGUACUGGACCAGGAGAGUCGCAGGCAGGUCCUAUAUGUGCGCAUAAAGGAUGCCACAACCUACGACGAAUGGCGAGACUCGGCCGUGGAACUGGACAGACUCGAAGGCAAUGAUGCCUGGAAACUCGAAACCGCUUGCGCCGAGUACGAUGUCGCGCUCGUACAAGCACGCCUACAACAGCUCGACGAAGCACGCAUCAACUGCGACGUCAGCCGCAUGCUCUUCCUUAUACGAACUUCUUUGACACGUGGUCUCGGAGGCAUGGGAGAUUUACGGCUUUACAAGCACUCGCACAUCGGGACCAAGACCCUGAUCGAGCGGUAUAUCGAGUCGGCUAAGGAGACACUCAAUGCGCUCCUCGACGUGUCGGCCAAGCAGAGCGACAGCGCGCUGGAACCAAGAUAUGUCCUGGAGCAACUGCUGGCUGCUCGACAGUCGUUUGGCAGGAGCGCCCUGCUGCUGUCGGGAGGGGGCACGUUCGGCAUGAACCACAUCGGCGUUGUCAAGAGCCUUUGGCAGGCUAAGCUGCUACCGCGUAUCAUAUCAGGCGCUUCUGCCGGGAGUAUCGUGUGCGCGGUCCUGUGCUCAAAAUCGGACCAGGAGAUUCCACAAUUUCUCGAGCAGUUCUGUUAUGGCGACCUGGCUGUAUUCGAGAAGGGAGGCGAAGAGAGCAUUCUCAAAAAGGCCGCCCGGCUCCUCAAGUUCGGGGCGAUCUUCGACGUUCAAAAUCUCGUCCGGGUCAUGAGAAGUCUCUUAGGUGACAUCACUUUUCAGGAGGCGUACAACCGCACCAGACGCAUCCUCAACAUCACCGUCUCCAGUGCGAGCUUGUACGAGUUACCGCGGUUGCUCAACUACAUUACGGCACCCAACGUAAUGAUCUGGUCGGCGGUCGCCGCCUCUUGCUCGGUCCCGUUCGUCUUCUCCGCAGCCCAGCUGUUCGCGAAGGAUCCCAAGACCGGGAAGGAUGUGCCAUGGAAUUUGUCCCCUCAGCGCUGGAUAGACGGAUCCGUAGACAACGACCUACCUAUGACCAGGCUGGCGGAGAUGUUCAAUGUCAACCACUUCAUCGUGUCUCAAGUCAAUCCUCAUGUUGUCCCUUUCCUCAUGAAGGACGAAAGUCUGGUUGCUGCCGAAGCGCAGCAAUCGUCCUCUGCGGUCGCCGCAGGCCCGGGCUGGCUACAUACGAUGGCCAGUGUCGCCAAGGGCGAGGCUCUCCACCGCUUACACGUCCUGGCCGAGAUGGGAGUCUUCCCCAACUACGUUACAAAAGUACGCUCGGUACUCAGUCAGAAGUAUUCUGGCGACAUCACGAUCUUCCCGGAGAUUUCCUACGCACAGUUUCCAAGGGUCCUGAGUAAUCCAACCACCGAAUACAUGCUCCAGGCUACUCUCGCCGGCGAACGAGCAACAUGGCCAAAGCUGAGCAGAAUCCAGAACCACUGCUCCAUCGAGCUAGCCCUGGACGACGCAGUGCAGAAGCUCAGAGCUCGAGUAGUUUUCAGCCCCAGCCAAGUGGACCUCCGUCUGAACGCUUUCGGCCGGCCCACGUCUGCCGGCUCCGAGCGAGGAAGGAACAGACGUACUAGCAGAGGCCGGCUCGGCAGACCCCACAGCAUCGACACAAAAGCCCUGCCAGCGAACACCCGACAUGCGCACUUCCAAUUCCAAGUCACAGACACCGGACGCCUGGACACACCACCACUCCCCCCGCGCCCUCCAAAUGCCUCCCCCGCAGACAUUCUCACCUCAGACACUCUGUCCUCAUCCGCAGACGCCGACGAUGACACUAGCACGCUUUCGCCGACCGACGAAUCGCUGACCUCGCCGGUCGAAUCCCCGCCCUCGGCCCCGGAGCUCUGGCCCACGGGCGCCCGUCAGCUUUUUCCUACAUUCGCGUCUCAGCCCUGCACCCCAAACAUCGCGUCGAAGACCUUCGCUGCCUCGCCGAUAGAGAACUUCCGGAAUUCGAUGAUCAUGACAUCGUCGGCCGUCGGACAGCCGCAGCAACCGAGGCCCAGCUCACCGGAGCUAAGGUAUAAGAGGCUGUUUCACCCGCCGCCGCCGACUGGUGCUGAGGGGGUUCCUGUUGUUGGCGGGGGUGUGCCGCAAGCCGGGGGUGCGGUGAAGGAGAGGGAAAGGAGGGGGAGCGGGGGGCAAGGGUUGCAGCUUGAUAUCUCGGGCACGAGGGGGAUGAUGUUGAGGAGGAAGAAGAGCGCGAGUCGGGGUUGA